CACGGAGUUGUGUAAGUUCCAGCAAAGACAGUCUUCUAGUAGAAACACUUCUUGGGCGCAGGCGACCGAAAGGGGGUAAACACUAUUUUUUGUGUGUUCAUUUACAAAAAAAAGUGUAUCAUAUAUAUUUUUGGGGGUAUUUGAGGAGUAACAGAAGCGGCGAUUGUUCCUGUACUAUUGAAAGCUAAAUCUGUUUAACCUGGACCUCAGAAAGCCAGAAAGAUAAGAGGGCCUAUCAAAUAUGUCCUCCUCCCAGUCGUCUUCAAGGCGGCAGUGGUGCUGUUACCUUUGCGAUUUGCCUAAGAUGCCAUGGGCUAUGAUCUGGGACUUUAGCGAGACUGUCUGCCGAGGCUGUGUGAAUUAUGAAGGGGCAGACCGUAUUGAAUUCCUCAUAGAGACGGCCAGGCAUUUGAAAAUAACUCAUGGUAUGCAGGGUGACAGAUCCCCGGGUCCACAGCCCACCAAACAUGGCCCAGGUGGAAGAGAUGGACCUAUGGAGGGUGGUAGGCCACCUCCUGAACGCUUUGAAAGGGGUAGAGGGGACUACGGAGCCCCAGCACGGCUCCCCAAUGGUCUGCACAGAAUCGAUGACGGGGGCCCACAACAUGAUGUCAGUGGACAGAGCCCUAACAACGCCAGACGACCCAUGGUGUGUACCGUUCCACCCAAUUUAAUGACACAAGGCCUUGUGGGGGCUCCGCACGGGUUGCUAGCAGCUGUGCCCGGUUUAAAUACCAGAGUCGGGGGAACCCCCCUCACCCUCUCUGCCCCCAUGCUGAACGAGAUCACCAAGAGGCAGCUGAGCAUGGGCAUGGGUGUGGCCUCCUUCCUGAGCCCUGAGUUUGAGAAGGAGCUGAGGGAGAAGCAGAGGAACGCAGAGGCUCUGGCCGAGCUGUCAGAGAGUGUACGGAACCGAGCAGAUGACUGGGCCGGCCGACCCAAGGCUGUACGAGGGGCCCUGCUCACCCUCUCCGGCUGCACCCCCUUCAACGUGCGCUUCAAGAAGGACCACAGCCUGCUGGGGCGGAUCUUUGCCUUCGAUGCCAAGCUGACGCUGGACUUUGAGCUGAAAAUCUUUGCAGAGUACCCGUGCGGCUCGGGGUAUAUGUUCUCCAGCUUGGCGGCGCUGGUCAAGCAGAUGUUCCACGACAGCCAGAAAGACUCUGGGAACAAGGUGAUCAACUUGGGCCUGAAGUAUGUGGAGUACGAGAAAAGGCAUGGCGCGGGGGACUGGCGACUGCUCUCUGAGCUACUGAGUGAUUCGGUACGGGCCUUUAAGGACACCCCCGGCCCUGACGUUCUCCCCCAGCCCUACCUGGACACCAGCUGCUCCAUGCUGCCCACAGCGCUGUGUCACAUGGCCCGCUCGGCACCACCAGCCCGCCUGCGCCGGAGGAAGGCUUCCCCAGAGCUCCAGGGUGGAGAGGUAGUGACCACAGAGGAGCAGCUCCGGCAGCACUGGCCCAUGGGGAUGUACCCGGGCAUGGCUAUCCACCUAGCUGCCUCCUCCCUACCCAGCACUAGCCAGCCACCUCCUCACCAGGAGGGCUCGGCCUCCCACUCCCACAGCAGCGACCCCUCCCCCAUCACAGCACUGAUGAGCGUGGCUGACAACGCGGGUGCAGCCGCUGGUCAGUCACCCAGAGAAGCCCCUAGCAGCAGCAGCAGUAGUGGUGGUGGAGGCCUGGGCCACUCCUCCUUGGCAGUGAGACAAAGCAGCAGCAGCCCCAUGGCAGCCUGCCCUGCAGGGCAGCAGCGCCACCUGGCCUCCAGGAACGGGGAACCCCAGGGAGCUAGCAACUCUACAGGGGGCACCACGGCAGCUCUCCCCCUGGCUGGGGCCUCGGACCAGGGAGCAGGGGACCCCUCCGGCUCCUCUGGUCCCCCUCUCUGCUGCACCAUCUGCCACGAGCGCUUGGAGGAUACUCACUUUGUCCAGUGCCCGUCUGUUGCGGCCCAUAAAUUCUGCUUCCCUUGCACCAGAGACUUUAUCCGGAGCCAGGGGGCCGGCAGCGAGAUGUUUUGCCCCAGUGGAGAGAGGUGUCCCCUGGUAGGCUCCAACGUGCCCUGGGCCUUCAUGCAGGGAGAGGUCACUACCAUCCUGGCUGGAGACGUCAAGGUGAAGAAGGAGCGCGACCCCUAAAUCCUCUGGGACACCUGACUGCUGUUGACGCCUGAGUGGAGCAGCAGCUUGGUGCCUGCAGAUAACGACAAUCUCAACAGGUUCUCGCCACUUCACAGCCAACCACCACGACAAUCCACCAGGUUUCCCCACCCCACAGCCAAUCACCACGACAAUCCACCAGGUUUCCCCACCCCACAGCCAAUCACCACGGCAAUCCACCAGGUUUGCCCACCCCACAGCCAAUCACCA